AUGCCUCUUGUCCAUUUGAACCAACUAUCACCGGAGGGCCAGCAAAGGAUUGAAAAUGCCUACAAGGCAGUUGUUGAAGCCUGCGCUGGUGAAGUUCAACCAAUCUCACGUGUGGGUUUCGACUACGGUAUCCUGUUUAUCAGGGAACUCGUGAGCGAACAGCCAGUUCAUAGGUUCGCCGGAGAAGCCCCUCAAGUUCCACAGAAUGCGGAAACCUACUCCUUCGAGACUCGUGCCGGCCCUUCUGCCCAAAAGGCUCCUGAGGCUAGUCCCGUAAUCGAGGCUAAGGUUGUAGAAGCCUUUGAAAGACUCGCGUCCAGUACAUCCAGUGAAGUAGGAAAACUGCGUCAAGAGCUGACAGAGACUCGAAACGAGCUGGCGGGGGAGAAGACCCAGCACAACAAGGCAAAGGACCUUGCCAAGGGUUACAAGGAGAAGGUCGACAAGUUACGGAAAGUGAACAACGAAAUGGCGGCUGAAUUGGACGAAAUCACACGACAAGGCAAGGUCCCUGAUCAAUUGACUGAUAAUGAAAUUAUUGAGAUGGUCAAUCAGCUACGCUCGAACAUCCGAAAUUUCACAACACAGUACUUCGGAGAGGAGCUCAAGCUAGACACCAGGUCUAACUUGGCAAGCGCCAAGAUGGACUUGCAAGGUUCGAUAUCAAUCCUCAUCCCAAUAGAGACAGUGCAUCACUGUGUGUCCAAUCCUGUACUACGCCCUGUGAUCAUUCAAGACUUCAUCUGGAGAUGGCUUAUAUCCAAUGUGUUCUCGGCUUACUGCUGGAGUCCCGGGGAUACGAGCAGUGCCAUUAUUCAUCUUGAGAAGUUAUUCUUCAACCAUCUCCAAAAGGGAGAGAUCAACCAAAGUGGCGACCCAGAGCGAGAGUUCCACACGUGGAGAGCAAACACGUCCAAAAUGGUGCAUGAAGCAACAGAGACGAGCUCCGAUACAAGAGAACGCAUGGACUUUGGGAAUAUAUCCAAUCAACUGAAAGAUGACUUGAUGAAGAGAAUUAAAACCUGGCUGCCGAGAAAGAAGGCGCUCCCCAUUGAGCAAAUGGUCGACAUCAUCAAACAAAGCAUCGUGCUGGACAUGCAUCUUAGCAAACAGGUUUCCAAGCUUCAGUGGAAGCUUUUUGAUGACAAUGCUCGACGUGUGAACAAGUUUGACGGGAACUCGAUGGAGCCGGAACCUGGGCAGUCUCAACUCGAGGAGGGUAAGUCCUUUGACUUGGUUCUGGCUCCUGGUCUACUUCGAUAUGGGAGGCCCUCGGGCAACGAAUAUCAUAUCCCACUACUAUUGAUGAAGUCACAGGUAGCUAAGAUUUCCAUUUGA